AACUGCACUAACACUCGUGAUUUUGAUAUCCACUUCAUGCACGUACGUGCGUAUGUACCGCCUCCGAAGUCUUGCUUUGGUCUUGGCCAAGCUUUGAGGAUACCGUGUCCAGGAACCCGCAACGACAAUGACAAGUCCUGAGGAAAACGUGCCUGGUGUCGGUUCCUUGCUCAUCAGUUGGGCCCUGGAGUAUGACACGCAGAAGAUUGUCCACAUCAAGAACAAGACCAUAGGCUUCUUGAACAGGUUAAUCCAACUGGCAAUCGUAGCCUAUGUCAUUGGAUAUGCCAUCAUUUACAAGAAGGCUUACCAGUCCACAGACACCGUUAUUAGCUCAGUGACGACCAAGCUGAAAGGAGUGUCCUAUACCAACAUCAGUGGACUGCCAGAUCUCAACAUUAAAGACACAACACCUUAUGACAGGAUCUGGGACGUCUCUGACUAUGUCGUUCCUCCGCAGCAAUCAAACGCUUUUUUCGUCAUGACCAACAUGAUCAUUACCCCGAAUCAACAGAGAGGACAGUGUCCAGAGGACCCACGUGUUCCCAAUGUUGGCUGUACACCAGCAAAAGAAUCACAGGACUGUGUGAAGGGUGAACCAGUCAUCAAUGGGAAUGGAGUUAGAACGGGCAAGUGUGUGCCUUACUACUAUCCCAACGGAACUGAAACUUACACAUGUGAGAUUGAGGCUUGGUGCCCAGUUGAGUAUGACGUGAACCCAACGCAGAGCGAGCCCGUGCUGAAGGAUGCAAAGCGUUUCACUGUUUUGAUCAAGAACACAGCCACCUACCCCAAAUUUCACUUCUCCAAACGCAAUAUAUUGGAAAGUUCCAACAAGAGUUAUCUUUCAGGUUGUAUGUACAACAAUGAGACAGAUCCUUUCUGUCCCAUUUUCAAGCUCGGAGACAUUGUUGCAGCAACUGGCGAGGAUUUCAACAAAUUAGCUUAUAGUGGGGGUGUCAUUGGAAUUUCAAUCAACUGGGAUUGUAACCUGGACUACUCGUGGAAAGACUGUACACCACUUUACACAUUCUCAAGGAUUGACAACAGCGAGGCGAAGUUGGCAAAGGGCUACAACUUCAGGUUUUCCAAUUAUUACCAGAAUGAGACAGGCAUAGACACGCGUACGUUGUUCAAAGCCUAUGGGAUCUUGUUUGAAGUUAUUGUGACUGGAACGGCAGGCAAGUUUGACUUUGUGCCUCUGAUGCUGAAUAUUGGAACGGGCUUGGCUCUGCUGACAAUGUCCACAGUUGCCUGUGACAUCAUUGUGUGUUACAUCAUGAAAGGACACGAGUACUACAAAAAGAAGAAAUAUCUCACCGUGAAGCCUGACGCCGAAGUCAAUGUGGAUUAUGAAGGCGAGACACAGAGCUUGUUGAGGGAAGUCUCAAGUUAGAUACUAGUUUGAGGGACAAUCCCUUGGACAAUGCAUCAGUCUGUUCCAAAGAAACAAAUGAGGAAUAACAAGAAGUUUGAGUUCCAUCUGCAGGUGAAAGUGAGUGACUGUGAAGACACUAUUUAAAUUACAGUCAAACCUCAUUAAUAAGAGAUCCCUUAGACUUGGCAGAUGACCUUGUCAUAACAGGAACCUUGUAUUAUCAAGAAUGAAAACAAUGAAACACAAAGGAUUGGGACCUAAAAAUUUCCUUGUAAAAAGCAGAGCCUUGUGUUAACAGUGUUCUUAUUAACGAGGUUCAACUGUAUUUAUCGACAAAAACUCAUGAUUUGUUUUUAAAGAUUAAGCCAAAUGUUAGAUUUUUUUUCAAAUGUGUACAGUACUGUUGAUUUAUCUGACAUUUACUUAGAGCUUGGCAUUCCAAACUUUUGAAAGAACUUGAAAUCUUCCACUUUAAACAGCUAAAAGAUUCUGGUCUUGUUCGCAAUUUUCAGAAAGUUGUUUCAUUGUCCAUUCGUUCUUCAAUAAAUGAAUAAAUUUGUACCUGAUCGGUCAGAAUGGACACUGAUAGUGCCUUAUCCAAGGGCAAGGAUUAUUAGCAGCCUAGUUAUUAAUUUUCAGUGAUUUUUAGCAAAUUUUACUUACUUUUUUCAAACACCCCUUUAACUAUGCUUUUUGUAUGUUUUUCUCGUGAGUAACAAUCUCGUUUUUUAGAAAAGACAGGGGUGCGUGGCGCGUAUUGCAUGAGGUGGCCCAGCCAACUAAUGCUUUAAUUUUUUAAAGACCAGCCACAUGAUGAGCUCUCAAUUAAUAGGAAUGGCUAAAGUGUCUUAGGUACAUGUAUUUAUGAAUUUCAGUCAAUUGAUGUGCACUUCAAAGAGAAAAAGCUCCUAAAAGAUUUCACCUUUGAUCAUUCUUGUUAUCACAGGUUUAUAAUCUGCUUUGAUUCAUUGACUCAGAAUUAUUCGCUCGUGACAUGGGUCUGAGAGGUCUCUACCAUUUAUCUAGUGAAAUUGGUAAUCAUGUGUCUAUAUUAAGAAAUAAUUAAAUGCCAUUGACAAGGCUGAAAUAAAACAUGGAACUUUAUCCAGAUUCAGAGAGAAACUAAUCUCUGAACUAGAAAUUAAUCUUUUGUACAUAUGUGCCUAACCGAUACUAAGCAAUAUUGCAAUUUCAUAUCAACCGUGCCAAUUUUGUAAGUUUGAUAAGUGCAAAGUUCGAAGGCCAUAUUGUUUCAGUCUGCCUUUGUUCCAACUGCAUAUUUUGUAACAUACUCUGUGUGGAAUCAUUUUCGUUGAGACUUUUUAGAGAGGAAAUUCACUCAUGGUGCCCUAUCUUGAUGAAAUUAAGAAGGUCACAUGCCAAAGUUUACUAGUUUGUUCAUUCACACGUGGGGGGGGUAGAGCCAUGUCUGUUUAUUUACCAAACUACACUCCUUACUGUAAACAGGAAAAAAGUUGUAUAAUUAAUAAAGCACAGGUUGGGCAUUUUCAUUACGAUUUGUGAUUUAGUAAAUUACCAGAUUGAACCAGGUUGGCAUUUACUCUACUAUUAGAAAUUAGGUUUCCCUUGCACUGUCUGCCACAUUGUGGGCAGAUGUAACAUGUUUGGCCUACGUUUUUGUUCUGGUCUUUUGCUUGUCGUUGAGGUAAAAGUUUUUGCUGAAGAGAGCUAUGCCUACUUUAUUUUUACCCAAAUCAGGGUAGUGUUUUCUCCGAAUCAUUAUUUUUCUCAGAAUCAUAGUUUGCAGAGAGUGUUUAAUUGUGACAGGUAUCUUUUAGUGGCGAUUAUUUUUAAGUAUUUUAUUUUUUGAAAACUUUUUAUAUUAAGCUCCUCCAAGGUUUGAUCAAAGUCCUUCCCCCCAUCUGCUAAUGUCACCACUCUUACCUACAUAUCAAGAAUAUGUUCGAAGAACUUAAUUUAAAAUCUGACGGUCCUGAAUCUUCCAUUUUAAUUUAAUGUUCAGUUUAAAUUGAACCCAACUCCUGUUUUUAGAAAGGAAAUGUAUUUUUGGCAAUAAAUCGACCGAUUGAAAGUAGGAAAAUGAUUUUCUUUAA